AAUAAAGAGAAAUGAAGAAAAAUGGACGAACUGGAACAUCGCAGCAGCUUUCAUCAACAUCCUUCUGCUUGACUGGAGACAUGUGAGUGUGUUUUGUCCAUUCUGGAGGUCUUUUUAGUGUAGUUUAGUGUAGUUAAAGAGACUCGAUGUGGAGGAUGAAGUUCUGAUGUUCUGACAGGGUUCUUCUCACUUUACUGUAAUCUCAUGUUGGAUUUCACUCUCACACGGAAAUAAACAGGUUUUUCUCAACAUCUCUGGAAGUUUUGGAACGGUUCAUUUCUGUAAGAUAAUUGUCUUUUGUUUUGGACUCUAUAAAGCUGUCACUGUAUAAAGACGACUUUAUUAUUUGUGUCAUAAAUGUUUGUCAGCUUUGCGCCAACAUGUUGAGGGAAAAGAUAACAAAUGAUAGUAACAGGUUUAAUGAAGCUAUUGAGUGACUUUUCAUCAUGGAUGUGAUGUGGACGAACUCGUCGAACUGUUCGUCAAACUGCAGUUGGGAUGCUAACGCUAACGUUUAUACUUCGUUACCCCCCAUCACUAUUUUCCCCGUCCCGGUCCUCAUCGGUGUAACGGUCACCUGUGUGCUCUUCUUCCUCGCGGGAGUGGCGGGAAAUUUGACCACCAUCAUGGUGGUGUUCAAGUACAAAGAGAUGCGCACCACAACCAACCUGUACCUGUCCAGCAUGGCGUUCUCAGACCUGCUUAUCUUCCUGUGCCUGCCGUUGGACCUGUACCGGAUGUGGCGGUACCGGCCGUGGACGUUGGGAAAUGCGCUGUGCAAACUUUUCCAGUUUGUGAGUGAGUGCUGCACCUACUCCACCAUCUUGAACAUGACGGCACUGAGUGCAGAGCGAUACUUCGCCAUCUGCUUCCCGCUCAGGGCCAAAGUCACAGUGACCAAGCGACGUGUGCGUGGGCUCAUCCUCGCGCUCUGGACCGUGGCCCUGUGCAGCGCCGGACCCGUGUUCGUGCUGGUGGGCGUCGAGCACGAGAACGGCACCGACUGGCGCGAGACAAGCGAGUGCAAGGCCACGGAGUACGGUGAACGCACGGGCCUGCUGAGCGCCAUGGUGUGGGUCUCGAGCGGGUUCUUCCUGCUGCCCGUCUUCUGUCUGACCGUGCUGUAUGGACUGAUCGGCCGGAAACUCUGGAGGAGGAAGAGGAGGAGGAGGGACAGGAUGAAGAGCAGGGACAGCAGCAACAGGCAGACCAUCAAGAUGCUUGCUGUGAUGGUGUUUGCCUUCGUGCUCUGCUGGCUCCCUUUCCACGUGGGUCGUUAUCUGUUCUCGGCAUCUCCCGAGGCAUUCGCAUCUCCGUUAUGGUCUCUGAUCUCUCAGUACUGCAGCCUCAUCUCCUUCGUCCUCUUCUACCUCAGCGCCGCCAUUAACCCCAUCCUCUACAACGCCAUGUCAAAGAAGUACAGGAACGCCACGCUGCGUCUCUUCAGCCACAGCUCACCGAGCUUCACCGAGUCCAGCAUCAGCUGCUGA